AUGAUUGUUACCCAAAGGUCGCCAGAGCAACUAAAAAUAGUGCGUGUCAAACAAAACACAUUGUGGUUUGUUUCUUUUCUUUCUUUCUUUCCUUUCUUUCUUUCUUUCUUUCUUUCUUUCCUUCUUUCUUUCUUUCUUUCCUUCUUUCUUUCUUUUCUUCUUUCUUUCCUUCUUUCUAUUCAUCUGUUGUUUUUUCUUACUGUACUCAAUAGAAAUCCCCGCUUAUAUAACACUAUUUCAACGUGUUUUUUCACUUUCAUCUAUCUAUCUAUCUAUCUAUCUAUCUAUCUAUCUAUCUAUCUAUCUAUCUAUCUAUCUAUCUGUCUGUCUUUUCAUAUCUAUCUAUCAGUCUUUUCAUAUCUAUCUUACUACUUUCAUGUAUUUUUCAUCUCUAUCUAUCUAUGUAUCUAUCUAUCUAUCUGUCUGUCUGUCUGUCUGUCUGUCUGUCUUUCUAUCUGUAUCUAUGUUACAAUAUUUGAUUCAUUCUUUCUUUCUCUAUCUAUCCCAGUCUGUCCAUAUCUGUCUAUCUAUAUCACCCUAUUCCGCAUCCCUCUCUUUUGCGAAAUUAAGGAUUUCUUUGAUGAAAACAUUUAG